AUUAUUCAGUGGUUAGGAACCUUGCAGGAGUUGCUAUGACCUAGUUUUCUUCAGGAAUUUUAUUUAAAAUUUCAUUCUAAGCCUAAAAGAUUGACCCAUUUGUCCCUAAAAAUGAUCGAAGCGUCUUUAAUCCUUAGUCUUAUAUUGAUUAAAUCAACGGAGUAAGUUCUCAGCCAAUACCGUGGACACCUUUUUGCAGCAACAGAACUCUAUUUUAAAUUCGGGGUUUACUUUUAUUUGUAAGGUCCCAUUCUUUCCUAGGUGGUUAUUAUGGUAGCGCUGCAAACAUUACUCUACGUUAUACAUUCAGAAUCAAAAACAGAAUCAAGCAGCCUUAUGUGCUAAUAAAACCGUUUGACACAUUUAGAAACGUAAUGUCCAGCCUUCGAAAACACAUUGAAGAAUAAAUUGUUAGUCAGCAGCAUAGUCUGAAGCCUUUCAGUUUGUGGUUGUAUUUUUCAGUUAAUCUUUAAUCUUUAAUUGAAUCACGUGAACAGUUAAUUGAGUUUUAUUUUGGCCUCAAAAUAUAGAUACAAAAUAUAGGUGGCUCAUUUCAUUUGAAUUGCCUUGCAAUUAUAUAAGAUUCCACAGAUCACAGAGAUUGAACACGUGUCAAGACUUCAGUGGCCGUAUCAAAUUGCGAAAAUGGUUUGUUGUUCAAAACUUCAUUCCCUGUUCAUAUAGUUCAGUUGCGCAUUGUGGCGGUUAAUAGCAUCGUACGAUUCCCAUGAAUAAGAGGGUACUAAUCCUCUUCACUAAUAGGAGUUUGCUUCUCAUUAAUUGUACUUUUUCUGAGACUGGGAUAUAAUACUGAUGAGGGUGUUGGGUCCUGGGACAGUGUAAGCUUUAUGUCCGCAAGUUCUACAGGUGCCGCAAAAUUGUCGGUGCCAAUCUCACAAUCUGUAACAUCGCUCGCCCCGCUUAGUGACAGCUGAACAAAAAUGUGACCUUUCGCACGAACCAAUUUUAUCUUUAAAGUUAAAAAUCGCGAGGCUGUUUUGUCUUGCUGGUAGAAUCAUGUACAGUAUACCUUAUAUGGGUAUCACGUGACUCUCUCACCUCAAUCAGCACUGAUAAUCAACGUAACCACGUCUUGUGACUUUAGAAGGUAUGCGAAUUUCUAUCGGAACUUUGAUUGGGAUAUGUGCGCUGGUCCAGGUGUCCGAAGGAGCUGUAAUCGAUGUGCCAACUAGAGGUGAACGUGAUACAGUUGAUGGCCCCUGGGAUAAUAUCCGGCUGCCAGAAAACAUAGCAGCCAAAGCGUACACAAUGACUCUCAACAUUAAUUGGGGGACCAUGAAUUAUACUGGUGUACAGGAGGUGACAAUGGAAGUAACGGGUGAUGACACCAAGUAUUUCCUGAUUCACACCAGUGGUCUGGUAAUCGACAAGACAGCUACCACACUCCACAAGGUUGUGGGGGAUGUUGUCACUGACCUCGACAUCAAACGCACAUUCAUGGACACUGAGAAGAAGGCAGAACUGAGACAUGAUUUCUAUGUUGUCGAGAGUACUGACGCUGUAACUGCUGGCACUUACAAAAUGAUAAUAUCCUUUGCUGGACAGGUGCAAACAGAGAAACUGACUGGAAUAUACAGAAGCAAAUACAUUCGUAAAUACCAAGACGACACUGAAGUACCAAUAUACCAGAUCUCGACUGAUUUCGAACCUGUGGAUGCUCGUACUGCGUUCCCCUGCUUUGACGAGCCCGCUCAGAAAGCUAACUGGACUACUAGUAUAAAAGUUACAUUUCCGCCUGGUAUUGAUAUCAACGAGUACAACAUCCUUAGUAACAUGCCGCUGAAAGAAGCACCAACUAAAGAGAAUCAAAUAAUAUCAGCAAAGUUCAAGGAGAGCGUUCCGAUGAGUACAUAUCUGGUUUGUUUUGCUGUCUCAGAUUUCAUAUUCAAGGAGGCAGUGCACACUCGCGCUGAUGGGUCUACUGUACUUAUGCGAGUUCACGCCAGAAGAGAACCAGAGUUCCAGGCCUCUGCUUCAUAUGCUCUACAAGUUACACCUGCAAUCAUCAAAGAAUACGAGAAGUUUUACAAAGUCAAUUAUCCUCUCGAAAAAUUAGACCAGAUCGCUCUGCCGGAAUUCAACUCAGGAGCGAUGGAGAACUGGGGUUUAAUAACUUACAGAGAGAGCUCCCUACUCUACAACCCUGUAACCAGCUCUACCGCGGAGAAACAGCGGGUCUGCUCCGUCAUCGCUCACGAGGUCGCUCAUCAGUGGUUUGGUAACCUAGUGACGAUGGCCUGGUGGAACGACCUGUGGUUGAACGAAGGGUUCGCUUCAUUCGUUGAGUACUAUGGUAUUGACGCGGCUGAACCUACGUGGAAUAUUUUGGACUUUUUCUACCCGGAUGAAGUGACGACAGCAAUGAAUUUCGACAGUUCCCCUAGCUCCCAUCCCAUCUCAGUUCAAGUCUCUUCUCCAGAAGAACUCAGCGGUCUUUUCGACACCAUCUCCUACAGAAAGGGCUCGUCAAUCAACUGGAUGAUGCAGAAGUUUAUGGGCGAUGAAAACUUCGCAACAGGCUUAGAAAACUAUAUAGCCACAAACAAAUAUGGGAACGCGUACAUGGUGGAUCUUUUUGAUGCUCUCAACCCGGCUUAUGGUGGAGUGAACGUUACGAAGGUUAUGUUAACGUGGACCCUCCAGAUGGGUUUCCCUUAUGUAACUGCAGCCCUGGAUACCACUACUACUCCAGGAUCUACCAUCAUCACCCUCGAACAGAAUAGGUUUUUAGUAGGAGAUGCAAAGGAGGAUGACACUUCUGAGUUUGGUUACAAGUGGCACAUUCCAUUCUCCUACGUAUACAAAGUCAAAGAUGGAGCUGUUGAGACAGGCGUAACCCACUGGCUCAUGGCUGAUGAUGAAAGCUCUAAAACAAUAACUGUUGAGAAAGAACUAGAAUGGAUCAAAGGAAACGCUGACGGUAACUUUUACUAUCUGUCAAACUAUGAGGAGGCUACAUGGACAGCUCUUGCUUCUGCUCUUCAAAAUGGGGAGCUUACUUCAGCCACUGACAAAACGUCUCUUGUUUACGACGUUUUCCGGCUAGCUGAGACGGCUAAAGUGGCUUACAGUAAAGCUUUAGAUAUGACGAAGUACGCUAAAGCUGAAUCAGAGUAUGUCGUUUUAUCCCGUAUUCUGAGCGAGGUUCUUACUGCUGGUGAUGGAGUAAGAAGCGACGAAACUGCUUACACCGAAUUAUGGAAAUAUGUAGCUGCAAUGUUAAAGCCGCGAGUUGAGGACAUGACAUGGGACCCUAAAAUUGACAACGAACCAAUAACCUCUCCAAAAAUGAGAGACAUGGCGCUCAGAAACUAUUGCAGGGCUGUUAAAGAUAAAUCUGACGCUUAUGUAGUAGAAGCCCUGAAUAAGUUUACGGAGUUUGCGAAGGAUCCGGCUGGAAAGAAAUCCGGAAUAAAAGACGUGUUCACAACCGUCAUGCGAACUGCUAUAAUAUACGACGACACUGAGAACACUAAUUGGCACAAGAUGUGGAAACUUCUACAGGACUCUGAUUGGGAAGCAGAUCAGAGGAUUUACAUCGCCGCUUUAGCGCGAUCAUCUAACACAACUGUUUUAAGACAGAUGAUCGAAGAUUCCUUCUCCGAAGACGCUAAAGCAGGAACUUGGCGAUAUCUGUACUAUGUUAGUUACCAUGGAGAUAACUACGACCUUGCCUGGGAACUGCUACAGUCCAGAUGGGACGAAUAUGCUGUGCAGUACAACACCACCUCAUUUACUAUGGGGUACCUUGUUCAGAUACCUGAGGUCUUUGAUACGCAGGAAAUGUACGAUGAGGUGAAAAAGUUCUUCGACGGGAAAGAAAGUAACAUCGGCACUGGAAAGAAGACAGUCGAGGAAACUCUUGCUAAGAUCAAAUCUAACAUCAAAUGGAAAAAGGAACAUUUUGAAAGCGUCAAGACAUGGUUUACGGACUUGGGAAGCAAAUAAUUUUUAGUGUACCAAUGUCUUAGGUAUCACUUUAAUCACAACUAGGAAAGUUAUUGGGAUUUUUGCAAAUCCCUGAACUAAAUGACAUUUCAGACAAUUAAAUGUUGAAACUACAGCUGCUGUUUGUGGUUUUUAGGCUGGAUUUACUUUUAGAGUUUGGCAGAUUGAAUAUAAUUUAUUAAUUUUUAGGUGUUUAUUGAUAACAAAUAUAUUAUAAAUUUUUAUGAUUAAACCUUUACCCAGGUAUUUUCAAUAUUUUUCGUUCUCCAACAUCAAAUAUAUAAUGUUAAUCUGUGUAGAUUCUGGAUUUGGAAAUAUUGUUAAUCUUUUACUGUCGCGUAUUGUCACUGUCAGUAUCACAUAAAAUCAAAUUUUACAUUUUAACAG